AUGAAAUUCGCAGUAGUUGCCGUUGUUCUAUCUUUAUUGGCAGCAACAUCGCUUGCUGAUGCCAACCAGGAGAAACGUGAUGCCGAACCUUAUUACUACUAUAAACGUAAUGCUGAACCAUACUAUUACUACAAACGUGAUGCCGAACCUUAUUACUACUAUAAACGUGAUGCUGAACCUUACUAUUACUACAAACGUGAUGCCGCCCCCCAAAAACGUCAGAAACCUACCAAACAACCAGAUACGUCUGAUUCGGAAUCAUCUUCUGAUGAAGAAUAA